AUGCUUGCUACCUUGUCGCCCUUCCCUGUCGGACCGACCCUGCCUUCCCCGACGUCGGAGCAUAUGCCCAUGUCCUCUGUCUUGCUCCCGAACUACGCUUCAGUCUUAAGCUACGCCUAUCUUGCACCCCCCAGCGCACGACUGUCUACCCCGCCAUCCCCGCUCAUCGACGGCCAGUACUUCCCGCACAUCGUCGAGACGGUCGUCGAGCUCGCACCACUCGCAAAGCAUGUCCUCCUCGUUGGAGCCCCGGGAGUUCACCCAUGCGAGGACGAGAGCGCGUGCGUGUUUGCCCUUGCUCAGCCGAUGCCCGGUGUAGGAGCACGCCGCGGUCCCCUCCUUGGCCGUAUCGAUACGCUGCAGUCUGGCCACCUGUCCCGUGCUCUUGACGGCGGGACUAUCGACCUUGGUGGCUUCAACGCCUGUCCCGAACUCAGGCAUGACGCCGGCACGCUCCGCCUCCGAUCCAAUGGGCCGUUCGACUGUACCUCGCUCGCUCUCUGCGGCACUUCAGCCGCCCGCGUCGUGCAAUUCAUCGUCGUGACGCCCAACAACGACCCAUUCGUUGCCAUCCCCCUCCUGCCGAGAGACGUGGGCAAGCUCGUCUUCCACAUCAGCUUCGACAGCAGCGCAUACCUCACCAACGCUCCCCGCUCCGUCCCAUUCGAGAGCUACCGCCGCCGCCGCGUCAUCUUCGUGCUCUCGGACCGAGCCAUCGGCGAGGGCGUACCGACUGCCCCGCCCCAGCUCCUCUCCCCGACCUGUUCCCUGCUCACUUCCCUCGCCUCCGGCGUGCUCUGGUACGCCAUCGCCGGCGCGCGGGUCACCGUCGUCGGGCUCGACGCCGUCAACCCCGGCUGGCUCGGAACGACCGUCAUGCGCCCCGACGGCCGCGUGUCUGUCAAGGCGAUCCGGAACUGGCUCAAGCGCGUUGAUCUCGACGAGCCCUCGAGCCCGGAACAGAGGGCGCAGGCGUGGGCCAAUGUCGACUUUGUCACUCACGCAGAGUACCGCGCCGCCCUGGGCGAUGAGGAGUACGCCCUGGAGACAGUCGAGUAG